AUGAUUUCAAAUCUGGAAAUAACUGAAAAAUGUACACAAUCUGAAGAAGAUGUAACACAAUCGGAACAAUCCACAGACACUGUUGAGACAAAAGAAGCGCUUCGAUCAGAUCCGCUCUCUUCAAGCAAAUCGGAAAUCAAUGAUCGUAGUAUUUUGGAGAGAUCAACAUCGACAAUUUUGACAUCGAUGGAAGUUGUAUCUGUUGAAAAUGAUGUUGAAAUUGAUGCCCAUAAUCCCGAAUCAAUGCUUCAAAUAUUUCUGCAAAGUUUUGUUCCAUUUUUCCUUGGAGGAAUUGGUUCAAUUCUUGCUGGUUUAUUAUUGAUGUAUGUGAAUAGAACACUGGAAUUAUUGAAAGAAGUUCCGGAAUUAUUGGUUUUGAUUCCACCGUUGCAAGGAUUGAAAGGAAAUUUGGAUAUGACUUUUUCUGCGAGGAUGUCGACUAUGGUGAGUAGACAAAAUUUUAUUGAUGAUUAG